CUCACCCUCAUCAGUACCAUCGAUCACAAACUAAGCAAAUGGCUCUCAGAGUUGCGUCGUCUUCUUUUCUUUUUCUACUCUCACUGCUUAUCUGCUUUGCUGCAAUCGUUACAUCUGACCAGUGCCGGUACAUUGUAAGAGUGAAGACAGGAGAUCGCAAAGAUGCAGGAACGGACUCCAUCAUCAGCCUCAAGUUAUCAUCUUUUGGCAAUAGCUUUACCAUCAACAACCUCCAAGAUUGGGGCAUCAUGGGACCUGGUCAUGACUACUUUGAGCGAGGCAAUCUCGACGUCUUCAGUGGCAAUGGCCCUUGCCUCCGUGUUUGUGGCAUCACCGUCACCUCCAACGGCGAAGGAAACAAGCCGGGAUGGUACUUGGAUUACGUGGAAGUCACCUCCACUGGGCCAAAGGUAGCGUUCCCGGUGAACCAGUGGCUAGCUCUUGAUGAAUGGCCCCAUCAUCUGUACGCCAACGUGAACUUAUGCUCCCGCGCCAAGCCAAUCAAGUAAUCAAGAUGGCAUGAGAUCUGGAUUCUUGAGUUUGAGCCGCACUCUACUCUCUGCUGUGUGACCAAUGCUUGAUUAGCAAAAUCUAAUUAAAGUAUUCGACUUUUGUUGGUGUGUUGUGUUUUAUGUGUAAUGUCCCUUCAUUUCAAUAACGACCUGCCUUUGUGGGGCAAGCUUGUCUGCUUGACCUCCACCAAUUAGAAGGCCGACGUGUUCAAUAUCUUUAUGUAUGAGAACUGAAAUUACAAACGCUAUCUAUCAAACAGAAUACUCGUUCCCAAGAAUCAA